AUGCCAUACAUCGUGCCGUCUACAUCAUCUUCGUCAACUUCUAACACUGUGACUUCACCGCACUCUCCUUCCCGUCCUCCAAUAACUUUUUCCAUGGCACUUGCCAGCCCAGCACCGGUCCCCGCACAUACGCCAUUCACACCCCCAGAGAUCCCGUCGUCACCACCCCUUGCAUCCUCGUCCGCAUAUAAUGUCCAAUCUUUUGGUGUCGGCUCCAGAUACAUGGAUUGCACGCAUCUACAUCCACAAGCACCUCUACUUGUCAAAGCGCUCUCUGACACACCCACAUCCACCGCGUCGAGCCCGUCGAAGGCGUUAGAAUCUAGUUCAAGCCUCAACCCAGCGCAGUCCCCGCCUAUGCGUCGUGCGGUUUCAGCCUCAAGUGCUUCCCCUACUUCAAGCGUGUACCAAUUUACGAAUACCGCUGGUAGCAGUCUUCCACGUAUCCCCCGAAGACGUGGAGGAAGUGCAAUGACUCUGAAUGAGGUAGCACCAGUCGGCAACUCUCAACUGCUUAGCACACCCCCAAGAGGGCGAACGCGAUCACGGUUUGUUCUAGGGGCGGAAGAAGAGAGUACAAGCGGGAGUGAUGAAGAGCGCAGGCGAAGAUAUGGGGAAAGUGAUGCAAAGGUGUCCGGCAAAGACGUUGAGGAACGUGUUUCCCGUAAGCGAAAUAUUAGUGCUGACCAUUUAAUGGCACUAAAGAGUGUCUCUUCUUCGACACCUCCACGUCAAAUUACGACACCAGGAUAUGCUGAACCUGAAUUCGAUCACUCGGAGUCGGGUUCAGAAUGUGCGACGCCGACGCAAAGUAGUAUCUUGCGAGUCGGGCAGGCGAGAGAGAGGGAGAACGCAUUCCCUUUCAAAGCAACAGAACAGGUCAAAAGACCAUCAAACUUCGACGUCGGAGGACCAAACAUGCAUGGUGUCGUGCCGAGGGCUCGCAGAGGUCGUGGGAGAGGAAGUGCGCGAAAACUGAUGUUUGGAAAUGACCCAGACGAAGAGGAUUCCGAGCGUAAGGAGGAGGUAUCGACUGUUUCAUUUCCUUCGUCAAAUCCGCCAAGCCCUACACCAGCCAUAGCGGUCGCUAACGCAACUCCGGAAAUGUCACCUAUGUCAGCCUCUCCGAAGGACGUCAGCCCAAAGAGCUUUACUGGCAAGAGGGAAAAGGCAGGCUCCCUACGUCUCGACUUCUCCUUUGGAUGCAAGAACGGAGAUACGACAGCUAUUCACGCACGGGAUCGCAUUUCAGACGAGCAAAGAUUUGGUCUCUCAGAGUCUGCAUCACUAAACAGUGUACCUCUUAUCCGCAAAAAGUCGGGGGAAGUUGUCAGGCCAUCGCUUAAAUCACGUUCAUCGUCUGCGAAUGCAGCUCGGCAGCGUCCAUCGCUCUCCUUAGGCGACAUCUCGUCAAUUGUCACGUCCAGCCCAAGCGUUAGCGCACCAACCACUCCAGCAUCAGCAAAGAUGGUCCACUUCGAUACACAGCUCGAGCAUGUUAGGAUAUUCAAGUCAACAUCUAAGCCCAAAGCUGUUAGCCGUUCUGGAAGCCCCACGUACGACGACACGACGAGCGGCGGAGAGGGUGACUCCGCAUCUGAGGGCGGAUCGUUAGCGCCAUUCAUUCCUCGCCCACGGCCGAAACGACUUGUACCUGGAGGCACUCAGAACGAAGAGGAAGAGGCUCUACGUCGUGUACUUAUGAUGCGUGUGCUUAACAUGCCUCAUCGACCUAUGGAGAUGGACGAUGUUGAUGUACGACUGGAGACUUUACAUCUGGCGGAUGAUGCGUCUAGUGUCCAAGGUGUCGUGCGAGUACGAAACAUCGCGUUUGAGAAGAACGUGGCUAUACGUUUCACGUUCGACGGAUGGCAGACAACGAGUGAAGUGCUUGGGCGUUGGUCCGAGUCAUGUGUCCCACGAAAUCCUGCUGCAAUGGGAGCGUUGCCUAGACCAAGAUCAGUUUCAACUCCCGUAUCUGGAGUUAAGACAGAUGAAGUUCCCGCUCCAGCUUAUGAUCGGUUUACUUUCUCCAUCCGCCUAGCAGAUAUACUCCUGCGCAUUGACGAGAAGACGCUUGUACUCGCUGUACGUUAUUGUUCGGCGGGGCGUGAAAUGUGGGACAAUAACGAUGGCCAAAACUAUCGUGCUGUGUUUGAACGUCGUCCGCAACAUUCACUCAAACUUGCUGGCUCAGCAGUCGUCCCAGCUGCAAGUCCGGACUCCGGAAAGGACAAGAGCAAGGGUAGUGAAUCUGGAAGAAAGGAAAGCCGUGAUGGUGGCACUUCGGUAGGUUCAACGACCUCGAAAGGUGGUGAACCCAUUUCGCCUGCGAAGAAAGGCUCUGACCUUUCGUCACGCUAUGACCUUGAUGUGUCUCUGAAAAAUCCAUCAGCUUGGAGAUCCACAUUUGAUCAACUCAAAACGUGGACGGCACAUGGAUGGCCUCGAGAUAAGGAACAUUUGCGUACACCUUCCAUCAGACAUAGCCCAGUGAAAGCAUCUGCGACAACUUCUGAUGACCUCUUCAAUCCUCGUUCAUUUGAAAGCUAUAACCUGAACUUCGACGCGCGUGGGCUACCGCGUGGAUCACCUCGAGACUUCGACCGUGAAGAGCCGGACGUGGAACGAUUCAACCGAGCGCGGCUGGCAGUCUCAGAAAGCGUCAGCACUCUGGAGGGUGGGCCGUUCACACGCUAUCCUGCUGGUUCCAAUACGCUCGCCACUCUACCUAUGAGCUGGAUAACAAAUGGUACAGAGACACAUGUUCGAAACCAUCAUCGCUCAUACUUUGAUGCAUGGGCAUCGACGGCAGUCUCUUCUCCAAAUUUCGGUGCUAGCAGAGUACGUCGAACGCCUCCAGGCACACCGACGGCAGUAUCUGUCCAUCGUACGCUUUCGGACACCACGAUGGAGGUUUCACCCACGGGACAGUUGCCACGUGUGGUAAUGACAUCUGCAGAACAUCCACCGGGAUCAUCACCUGGCCGAUACCACUCUUUCCCGCCUCUCUUCCCCACUGGAGAUGGCAACGUGGCUGCGGGCCUUGGCAUUCUUGCUUCUCGGCCUUGGUCGGAUUUGCCGCGCACGGUGAGACACGAUACUGGCGAAAGCGACGUGUCGACGCCUUCAAUAACUUCUGGCUCCUCGACAGCUAUGACUGCGUCUCCUUUGUCUCCGCCUGACUUUUCGUCUUUGACGCCGACAACGCGUAUUGGUCAAAUGGCAGCCUCGGAAGGUGGUUCGAUGGAUGGAGCCGGCUAUAACACCAUCCUGAGCAGGUGA